UGCGCAGGCGCAACGCGGAGGCGGGUGGGCGGAGUAGGUCGCGAUGAGUGGCGGAGGGACGGAGACUGCUGUGGGUUGUGAGGCCACCCCGGGCGGCGGCGACAAGAAGAAGGAUUCGCUGGGGACCGCGGGCUCGCCAGCGCAUCUCAUUAUCAAGGACCUUGGAGAAAUUCAUUCAAGGCUUUUAGAUCACAGACCAGUUAUUCAAGGUGAAACCCGUUAUUUUGUGAAAGAAUUUGAAUGCAAGCAGCUUCUGACUCGGUCUGUAGACUCCAACAGAGGGAGCAGGAACGAAAGAAGAGAGAGCACAAGCAGGGGGAGAGGCAGAGGGAGAGGAAGAAGCAGACUCCCCGCUGAGCUGGGAGCUGGAUAUGGGGCUUGAUCCCAGGACCCUGAGAUUAUGACAUGAGUGGAAGGCAGACACUCAGCUGACUGAGCCACCCAGGCGUCCCUCAUAGCACUUACUGUUAUUAAAAGUGAGAAGCUAAGAUAAAAUAAGAGUGACUUCAUGAACUUCUUGGUAAGAAAGCAAGACUAUAUUUUCAGCUGGAUUAGAGAGUAAUCAGCAUUCAACUUCUUUUCUUGGAAGUGAUCUAUCUUACAUGAAAAAGCUAGUUGGAUAUAUAUGUUUUUAUUUUUUUUUUAAGAUUUUAUUUAUUUAUUUGACAGAGAAAGACACAGCGAGAGAGGGAACACAAACGGGGAGUGGGAGAGGGAGAAGCAGACUCCCCGCCGAGCAGGGAGCCCGAUGCGGGACUCGAUCCCGGGACUCCAGGAUCAUGACCUGAGCCGAAGGCAGUCGCUUAACCAACUGAGCCACCCAGGCGCCCGGAUAUAUAUGUUUUUAGUCAUAAUAUUCUGAAACUACAAAGUAGACAUACUGAUAAUUAGUGACAUCUUAAAUUCUUUUCUUAGAGCCAAAUGGUAAAUAGUAGAAUCAUCAAGGAGGAUUGAAUUGAGAAUAGGAACCGGGAAGGGGAAACUCACUUUUAUUUGAGUUGCCUGUAUUGUUCAAAUUAUUACAAGAAUCUAUUGCUGAAAUUGAAUUAUUAAAACUAGGAAUGCCUCGGUGGCUCAGUCAGUUAAGUGUCUGCCUUCAGCCCAAGUCAUGAUCCUGGGGUCCUGGGAUGGAGCCCUGCCUUGGGCUCCCUGCUCAGCCGGUGCCUGCUUCUCCCUCACCCUCUGCCCCCUCCCCCGACACAUGUGUGCACGCGCACACGCAGGGUCUCUGCCUCUCUCAAAUAAAUAAAAUCUUAAAAAGUAAAUUAUUAAUUUAUUAAAUUAAAAUAAAAAAUUAUUAAAAUUAAAGGUCAAAAAAUGGGGAAGAUAAAAAGUGGUUUGAUCUUCCUUCUAGAUGUUUUGCUUAUAAUUUGUAUAAUAGUGAUACUAAUUUUCAUUAAGUUCCACAGGCAGUGAGCUAGGAACUUGACAUGUAAUACCUCUGGUCUUCAUAAAUAUUUAUUUAUGAGUAUAAAGUAUUUUCCUCAUUUUAAAAUUAAAGAAACUUUAACUUGCUCAGGGUCAUGCAGCUGGUAGCAAGUGAACCAGAAUUUGAAGUGAGGUUUAUAUGCUUCCCAAAUCAUCAUUUUUCCAUUGAGUAGCACUGGAAAAAGUGCUCUCUGGUGGGAAGUGGAAUCAGGGCCGUUGCCUUGUGGUCCAAAUCACAGGGUCGGCUGAGCCAAUUAUGGUGCAUAUCUUAAAAGAAUAAAAAGAAAAGAAAAAUCUAUUAAACAACAUCUGAGUGUGCAUGUUUAGUAUUUUCUGUAUUUAUUAAAAAAUAAUUUACAGCUAAAGCAGGAUCCCAUUUUGAGAAAGUUUAUUUGCAUUUUCUUCUCUCUUUAGUCUGACUGUGACUUUUCUCUUAGAAUAUAAUAGUUUUUGCUAAAGGACCAUGAAAAGAGUUUAAUGAACUCCAUGUUUUGUUCAUCUUUUGGAGAAUUACAAUCCGUGAGGCUGAAAAGUUAAAAAGUAAAGUUCUGAAUUUUGUUUAACCUGUUUCCUAAAUUUAUUGCCACCAGCAAACCCCUCCCUAACCCUCUCUCCCCACCACUGUAGUGCCUGUGCAGAUCCUAAGGGUCUGUGGCACAUAUUUUAGGGGAAUGUUUGACUUUAACGCAAACUUCAGACUCACUCCAACAACUUCUUUUCACUUGAAAAGCCUCCAUGCAGAGGAAGGUCAGAUCACGUUGGCAGGAAAAAGCUCUUGUAAUAGUUGUUUUUGUCUUGUAAAAGAGACUUUUCCUACCUGUGUAAACCUUCCUCUGGAAAGAUCCAGUUCACACUUUGGAUAAAAAAGGCAUAGAUUGGGUGUCACAAAGACCUAAGUUUGAAUCUGCAACUUAAUAGCUGAGUGACCAUGGAGAAAUACAUUUACUGUCCUUAAACCUUAAUUUCUUCAUCUGUAAAGUGAAAAUAAUGUAAUUUUAUAAGAGCAGUUUUUAGGAGUAGAUAAGAUAUGCAAAACAAGUAGCAAAAACAUGCAUUUCAGAGCUACUUAGAGAAUGAUGGAUUUAUCCACCUUUUCAUCCUGCUUAUCAUCA